ACCUCAACAGCCGGCUGGGCGUCCGGUUCGCGGAGCCAGUGCGCCAGUUCCUCGAGCGGAUGUUUGCUCUGCGGCGUCAGAUGUACCUGCGCCUGCUGACCACGCCGGAGCAGGAGGCGAGCCGGACGGAGAGGUUGCGCGCCAUCUGGCGGCAUGACAACAAGAACUUGGUGACGCUGGCCACGCUGAGGGCGCGCCUGGCCAGCCUGCUGCAGGAGCGAGACACCGACCGCCAGCAGAAGACGGCCAUCAUCGAGCAGCUGGAGCAAGAGAUCGGCUCGGUGGAGCACAAGGCCACCGAGGACAUCGCCAACAUCAUAGCCGAGACCGACGGCGACAUAACUGCUGAGAGCGCGUCCUACCACAUGGAGCGCGACCGGCUCCAAAGGCUGUUCGAGCGCAACGACACCGGGCUGAAGCAGCUCCGCGCCGCCAAUCGCCUGGCCGAGACGGCGCUCAAGAAGCGCAAGUACAAGAUCGAAUCAGAGCUCGAGAAUUGGUUGCAGAAGUACGAUUCCGAAAUGACUGAGAAGACGGAGGAAAUUGAGUCACUACAAGCAGAGUUUGAAGCCGAGACAGCGGAAAGAGAGGAGUACGAUGCAAAGGUGGAGGCCAUCAGGGACCGUUAUGACUCAAUUAUCUUGAAGAGGGAAAGGUUGGAGGAGCUACGCGUAUUAGAGGAACAGCUAAAUAUAAAGAAAGAAUCGGCAGCUGUUUAUAUACAAUACUUCUGGCGUAGAUAUCGCGCUCACAAGAAGCACAAGAAAGGAAAGAAAGGGAAAAAGGGCAAGAAAGGCGCAGGAAAGGGUGGAAAGAAAAGCAAAGGAGGAAGCCCGAAACACAAGAAGGGCAAAAAGUGAUAUUCAACGUCAUCUUCAUGCUUGCCCGAAGGGCGGCAUAUGUUAUGCUUCAACAAUAUGCGAUCGUAUUUUUUGCUCACUUUCUUCUAAAUGCUGUUUAGACCCGUGUUUGCCAUAUAAUGCAUUGAAUCAAAUAUGACAUUCUUAUUUCCAGACACAAAUUAUGUAUAGGUUAAUAAAGGAGAAACACUAAGAUGGUGUGUUUUGUAAUAUGUGAGAUGUCAUGAUAUCAUGACCGCAGUUAGGGUGGAUCAAUUACUGAAAUGUCGGAGUUGGACUGUGCGUAUAACGCUGCAGCACCCGGUGUUGCGCAUAACAUCCGGCUUGUGUCAUUUCGAACAUAGUUUCCAGUGAAGGCGCUGUCACUUCCGGUGAAACGGAAACUGUUGAGUCCAACUUCAAGUUUUGGGCAUCUUUGUAGAGCUGUUGGAAGUUUAUAUUUCAU